GGAGAGUUACCAUCUCCUUGCCCCAGUUUAGUUGUGGGGCUUUUUGUUUUUUCUUUCGCAUUAUAGAUUUAAUUUGUUGUAUAUAUAGAUAUACCCACAUACACAUGGUGAACUAGCUCACUCUGUCAAACAAUUCAACUAACUCAAUUAUUACUGAAUAUAGAUUGAUUGGUAAUAGAGGUAGCGAGAGAGAGGGAAUAUAAUGCAUCGGCGGUGGUGGACGGCGAGUGUGGAAGAAAAGUUGUGGAGCUCGGGAGAAGAGGCGGUGUGGGUGAUAUGGGAGGAGACGAUGGGGCUCCGGGUGCCGGUGGUGGCGGCGCUGAUGAACAUUGCGGUGUGGCUGUGCCUCGCAAUGUCGGGGAUGCUGUUCGUGGAGCGGGUGUACAUGGGGGUGGUGAUGGUCUUGGUGAAGCUGCUUGGGAGGACGCCGGAGAAGCGAUUCCGGUGGGCGCCGCUGCAGGGAGACGUCGAGUUCGGCAGCGCAGCUUCUCAUCCUAUGGUUCUGGUGCAGAUCCCAAUGUACAACGAGAGAGAGGUGUACAAGCUUUCGAUAGGAGCAGCAUGUGCACUUUCUUGGCCAUCCGACCGAAUCAUAAUCCAAGUUCUUGAUGACUCCACCGACCCCAUUGUUAAGAAUAUGGUGGAAACGGAGUGUAGAAGAUGGGGAAGCAUUGGGGUUGAGAUAAAGUAUGAGAUUCGCGACAACAGGGACGGGUAUAAAGCGGGGGCACUGAAGCAGGGCAUGAAGCGAGAGUAUGUGAAGCAGUGCGACUACGUCGUCAUCUUUGAUGCUGACUUUCAGCCCGACCCCGACUUCCUCCUUCGCACCAUCCCUUUCCUUGUCCAUAAUCCUGACCUCGCCCUCGUCCAGGCUCGCUGGAAGUUCGUGAAUGCGGACGAAUGCUUGAUGACGAGAAUGCAAGAAAUGUCACUGGAUUAUCACUUUACAGUGGAGCAAGAAGUUGGCUCUUCCACCUAUGCUUUUUUUGGCUUCAAUGGAACAGCAGGUGUGUGGAGAAUUGCUGCCAUUGAUGAAGCAGGUGGAUGGAAUCAUCGGACGACAGUUGAGGAUAUGGACUUGGCUGUGCGAGCUAGUCUCAAAGGCUGGAAAUUCUUGUACCUCGGUAGCAUCAUGGUGAAAAAUGAAUUGCCAAGUACAUUUAAGGCCUUCCGCUAUCAACAGCACAGAUGGUCAUGUGGCCCAGCCAAUCUCUUAAGGAAAAUGUUCAUGGAGAUAGUUAGAAACAAGAAUGUGAAUUUGUGGAAGAAGAUCUACGUAAUAUACAGUUUCUUCUUCGUGAGGAAGGUGAUAGCCCAUAUUACGACGUUCGUGUUUUACUGCGUAGUGAUGCCAACAGCUUGUCUGGUGCCUGAGGUGGACGUUCCCAAAUGGGGCGCCGUUUAUAUUCCCGUCAUCAUCACUCUCCUCAACAGUGUUGGAACUCCCAGGUCUUUUCACUUGAUAUCUUUCUGGCUACUGUUUGAGAAUGUUAUGGCACUCCAUCGCACUAAGGGUACGGUGAUAGGGUUGAUGGAGAUCGGGCGGGUGAAUGAAUGGAUUGUCACUGAGAAAUUAGGAGACGCCAAACCAGCUUUCAAGUUCAAAUCAAUUGGGGAAGCUAUUAAAAAACCACGCUUUAAGAUUGCAGAAAGAAUCCAUGUGGUUGAGCUUGGGAUGGGUGUAUAUCUCACGAUUUGUGGCUUGUAUGACCUGAUCUAUGGGAGACAAUUGUAUUUUUGGUACAUUCUACUUCAGGGGAUGGCUUUCUUUAUAAUUGGAUUUGGAUAUGUGGGCACCAUCGUUCCCACCUCCUAGCCUAGCCUAACCUAGCCUAGCCUAGCAAACUUCAACUCUCAUCUAAGCGAGCUAUAUAUAUAUAUAUAUAUAUAUAUAUAUAUAUAUAUAUAUAUAUAUAUAUAUAGAUGCGUCCUUAAUUGGUAUUUCAAGAAAAUAAUGUUCGAUCAAGAUUUCAAUGCAUGGAGAGAUAAUAGAGAGAAUUAAUUAAGAGGCCGGCCGGGUUUGCUAUUGGGCGCAUGGACGGUAGCUGUUUUGUUUUGAAUCCAAGAACUAGAGCUAGAAAGGGCCGGUCUUAUCAGCUCUGGCAUAUAUGCUUCCAGUAAAUUGUACCAUUCGAUUUUACUAUUCAUUUUACAAAUAAAUAAAUAUAUAUAUAUCUGUAAUUUGGCUUCCCUCUUUGUAUGCAAUCAUAUUGUACUGUAAAAAAAACACUGUUUCGACCAUUCAUUCAUAUUCUUUAGUUCAGAUUGAAUAAUCAAUACAAUACAUUCAAAGUCCGGCCAGUUUUGUCACGUAUAGUAAUAACAUGAUAGUAUCAAUUAUGCAUA